CUAAGCGUGUUUAUGACUUAAAAUUUUCUAAACAUGGCGUGUGUUUAAGUUUUUUUUUAAGUGAUUUAAAUCUGAAAAUUAAACAAAAAAUAUGAGUUCUAUAAUGUUCCGUUUGCGUCUGUUAGCUCAAAGACUCGAACAGUUACUGCCAAACCUAUUCGGAUUUCCGGGAGGACAGCUGCCUCCACCAGGUAUUUUGGCAUUAGCCGGUGUUGGAGAAAGUCACACCAAAAGUUGUACCAGAGAUCCGUUCAAUUUGAAGGAUCUUAUUGGCGAUGGUUUGCUAUGGGCAGUACCAAAGCACCGGCGGACGGUAGAAAAACGUCUCAAGCGAAAGUACGGUAGCCCAGAUUACAAAUUGAAAAUUUUCGUACCGAAAACACAUCUUCGAAUCUGUAGUACUUGCGGCGGAGACCAUGAAGUUGGUGUUUUAUGUCCGACCUGCUAUGCCAAGGUCCAAACCGAGACCAAACUGAUGCAGAAUAAAAUCCAAAGCGAGCUGGGCCUGGAACCAGUGGAUAAAGAGGUAAUUGUACUAUAUGAUCGGGAGAAGGAAGAACAACCGGCUGAAUUUUGGGAGGGUAAACGGAUCGUCGAAAUGGAAAAAACUCGACCACCGUGGUUCAGCAAAAAUCUGCUUCAGCGAAGUACCCAAUCAGAGGCUGAUACCAAGGAAGUUAAACCGGAAACGGAAAAAUUGGGAUAGAUCCGGCGAUAAUGAUUAGAAAUGAUUGAUACGAUUA